UCUGAAGUAGCUUGAGUACAUUACAUUCACUACUUACAUUGAAUUUAUCAACAUUUUCACUUGGAUUUUAGCAAAAUGAAUAUUGUCGGAAUUUUAGGACUUGUUACUAUAUUUGCGUAUGUUUCUCUUAGUGAAGGAGAGGAGCAGCAAUGUUCUCGUUACCACUAUGAGGAACAAACACUGUCUAAAAUUUUGAGGCUUGAACAAAAACUGGAACUUUUAGAGAAUAUAGUCAAAAACACGAAAGGAUCUGAGUGGAAUGUACGGGGGCGACGUUGUCCAGAUGGAUGGAUAUCUUUUCAAGGAUCUUGUUACCUAUUUCAACACACUUCGAAGGACUUUGUCAGUGCUGAGCUUUUUUGUGUGGAAUACAAUGCUCAUCUGGUCCGCAUCGAUAGCGAAAUUGAGAACACUUUCCUGAAGAAUCACUUGAAAGAGUUAAAAGAUGCUCAUUACUCGAUUGGUUUGACUGAUGUUGAGACAGAGGGAACAUUUAAAUGGUAUGGUACUGACGACGUGGCUUCAUUUACAGACUGGGGCUCAGGCCAACCCGAUAACUAUGGAGGAGGUCAAGAUUGUGCUUUAUUUCAUUAUGGAAUUGAUUUCAAAUGGGAUGACGGUGGCUGUUCCAGUGAACGUAAAUUUAUAUGCGAAAAGAAAGCAGAUUAACAAUAUUGAGUAUUGGACCAUGUUCUCCGCAACAUGUACAGAUAUGCUGUUUUUGUAUGUCUGUAUCGAUAUGUAACUGUAUUUUUGUUUGUAGCAAAUUCCUCAACUGAACGCAUUUUUCUUUUCACACGAGAUUACUGUACGAUGAAUGUUGGUUAUUCGUUUAAUUCCUUACGCAUCUACAACUUUGGUACCGAUGUCAAAAAUUCUUUUUCUGCGUUUAAGACAUACUUAUGAAUCUGGGGAUUGUUUCACAAAAGUUUAUGAUUUUCAUCCUAAGUUCUCUCCUGGUAUGAACUUUUAAAACGCGUUUGUUUCACAGAAUGACUUUUAUCUUUCUAAAAAAUUAUAAAAUAAUGCUCGUGAAACAUCUCAUUCCUAAGUUCAUUUGUCCUAAGAAGGUUUCGUCAAAUUUUUAACAGUGUAUUUAAGUUAAGAUAAUUAUUUCAUUCAUCCAUUUAAUGUAAUGUCUAGAAUAUUUUACAAGCGUAUCAAAAUUGACAAGUUAUAGUACAAUCUGCCAACAAGCAGUGUAGUGUGCUAAAUGCUAAAAACAAAAAACAUAGUAAUAUACACAAUCAUAUUCAAUUACAAACACUCUUAGUAAAACAUUUUGUAUGCAAAAGAAAAUGAGUUGUUUUUCAUGCAAGUAAUUUUCAAAACUCACUUAUCAAACAAUAUGUACAGGUAUUUGUGCAUCCUUGAAAUAAAUAUUGAUUUGUAGACCUGUAUCCGACAAAAAUUACUUGAUGCUCAUUAACUCUAAAUCUGGUGUGAGCUGUAAAAUGUAAAACAUGAUAAAGGCAAUAUAUAUGAAAGUAAAAUAUUAUGUAUGUAACUGCAGAAAUAUGAGUAUUUCCGACUUUUGUGAUGUGUCACUUGGUUUUAAACAAGGAGAACCGCUUUCUCCCCUUUUGUUUAGCUGUUUAUUUUAUCUAUUAAUGAUAUGAAAACAUGAUUUUGAAAACCUUACUGCUAAAGAUAUAGAAUUGUUGUAAAUAUAUAUGCUGUUGUUCGCUGA